GUGUAUGUACAUGAAGCAGUAAUUUGACAUUGAUGAAAAAUGAAACUUAACAAUUUCCACUGAAAUGUCGACUGCAGCGUUUUUCACAGCUGAUGAAGUGUCUUUAGAACGUAAAGCAGAUGUUGAUAUUGAAAACUGUGUUAGCACUGCAGAUAGAGAAAUCAAUGAAGUGUAUGAAGUAAACAAAUGUAUACAGUGGAUACAAGAAAGGAAUCUGCAGAGGGUGGCGCUGCAGUUCCCUGAUGAACUGAUGUGUGAUGCUGUAACUGUGACAUCAGCUAUAAGUAAGGCAGUGGAGGGUCAGGUGUUCAUUCUGGGUGAUACAUCAUAUGGCAGUUGCUGUGUAGAUGAGGUGGCUGCCCAGCACUACAAUGCAGACAGUCUCAUCCACUUCGGUCGUACAUGUCUCAGUCCCACUCAGCGACUUCCUGUUCUGUAUGUAUUUGGCCAAGUAAAGGUGGAUGUGGCGGACUGUGAAGGAAAGUUUAAGGAGUUGUUCCCGGACACCACUAUUCCUAUUGUCCUGUUGUAUGAUACAGUCUACAGUUAUGCCAUUGACAGAAUAACAGAAGCACUAGGAGUGGAUUAUCAUCAUUUGGUUGUUUCUGUCCUUGACAUUCCUAACCAUUGUAACACAGAUCUUCAAGGUCAAGGUCACUGUGCAACAUGCCAGAAACAGGGGUUAAAGGUCACAAAAUGUGGGAGAACAUUUUGGUUGCCAGAGGAAUGUAACCUUAGCAAUUACACUAUGUUUUAUAUUGGAUGUGAAAGUUUAACUCUAACCAAUCUGAUGAUGACAUUUAAUACAAAUCUGUUUUAUUCGUACAAUCCUGCAACUCAGAUUGGUCGAAAGGAAGGUGUGAAUAUCAACAGGAAAUUAAUGAAGCGAUUUUAUAUGAUUGAGAAAGCAAAGGAUGCACACAUAGUAGGAAUAGUUGUAGGAACCCUUGGCAUCACAGAUUACCUUCAGGUAAUUAAUCGUCUAAAAGACAUAGUGAAAAAAUCUGGAAAGAAGAGUUAUACUUUUGUUGUUGGGAAAUUGAAUGUGGCAAAACUGGCCAAUUUUAUGGAGAUUGAUGUGUUUGUGUUGGUGGCCUGUGCUGAAAAUUCUUUACUGGAUUCUUCUGAUUUCUACAAACCCAUCGUAACACCGUACGAGUUGGAGAUUGCUUGUAACACAGAAAGGGAUUGGACAGCAGACUAUGUCACAGACUUCAGAAGUUUGAUUCCAGGAGGUGAAAAUUAUGUUGCCAUGCCCGAGACACUGGAGGUUCAAACUGAUGUUUCUUUGGUAACUGGCAAGUUGCGAACCAUUGGUGUGAAAGAAGACAUAGCGGUCUCCACGGCGGUGGUGCCUAGAAACCAAAACAUGGCUGUGUCCGAAGUGCCAGCAGAUACUGCAGGGGAAUAUCUAGCAUCUAGGUCCUGGAGAGGUUUAGAACAGCAGCUGGGUGAAACAGAGGUAACAAAAGCUUUGGAGGGCCAGAAGGGGAUUGCAGCUGGAUACACCAAUGAACCAGAUGCAGACAGUUAAUCUAGACAUUUUAAUAUCAUUUAUCACCUGAAUGCAGACACUGUGGCAGUAUUGUUAUGAUGGCAGUGUUAUAUAUGAUUAAUUUAUGAAUAACAAUGGCACAGAGCUGAUAGUGUUUGAAGAAUUAGCCUUUCUGUUGGAUUCCAACUGAAGGCGUUUCACUGAUGUAGUUCAGUGAUAGCGAAAAAUACAUAGAAGCAUGUAUGCAGAUUGUAAAACUGUUAUUGCUUUGUGAUGGUGCUGUUGUUUAGUAAACAGAACAGUGAAAAUUAAUUUUUAUCUACUUAUAAUUAAUCAUAAACCUGAAGACAUUGUCUUAUUCUGUCUUAAUAUUUCUCACCAUGUCUGGCUUAUUGAAGAAAAAUCAGAGCAAUGAUGUCCCUUGUUAAAACCAUAGUCACCCUGUAGGUAUUGGAACAACAAUGCAAUGUCUAUACACCUGUAUUCGGAUACAGAAAGCGUGGUUGAUUCCUACCAUAAAGCAAUUAAAAAUUGUUAACACUUUAGCAUAUGGAAUUGAAAUUCUAAGAUUCUGAAUUAAAACUUAUAUGGUGUUCAUUGAAUUGAAAUUGCGAAGUUCGUACACUAUCCUGUAGUUUAGACCAUUAUUAUUCUUUGUCCCAUGCCUAAUCUUUGUACCUUUUUGCCAUUUUGUGUGCAAUAAAGGAUGUUUGACAGUCAUUAAAUGGAUUUAUUUACACUGUAUAUGACAAUUUUACUGUAUACAAAACAUGUCCUUUAAAUAUUACAAUAAACACUAUUACAAAACA